CCUCCUACAGUUAUUGCGGGGCAGGCUUUGUCCUGUGUCUGAGUGGAACAGUCUGUCAAAGGCAGGGACAGAGUCGCAGCCAUGGAUGACGUAUAUAAGGCAGCGGUUGAAAACUUGACAGAGGAGCAGAAAAAUGAGUUCAAAGCUGCAUUUGACAUCUUCAUCCAGGAUGCAGAAGAUGGCUGCAUCAGCACCAAAGAAUUGGGGAAGGUGAUGAGGAUGCUGGGGCAGAAUCCCACCCCUGAGGAGUUACAGGAGAUGAUCGAUGAGGUGGAUGAGGACGGCAGUGGAACAGUAGACUUUGAUGAGUUCCUGGUUAUGAUGGUCCGAUGUAUGAAGGAGGAGAGCAAAGGAAAAUCAGAGGAGGAGUUAGCUGAACUGUUCCGCAUGUUUGACAAGAAUGGAGAUGGAUACAUAGAUUUAGAAGAGCUCAAAAACAUGCUGGAGUCGACUGGAGAGGCCAUCACUGAAGACGACAUCGAGGAGCUGAUGAAGGACGGAGACAAAAAUAACGAUGGCAAAAUUGAUUAUGAUGAGUUCCUGGAGUUUAUGAAAGGUGUUGAGUAGAAGAUUCACCUGGAAGACUCACAUCACAGCAUCUUCACCUUCUAUCGUAUUAAGCAACAUGAAAAGGCCAUUUCCAAAGACAUGCUUUUAUUAUUAUUAUUAUUAUUAUUAUUAUUAUUAUUAUUAUUAUUUUUGGGAUUUUAUUCAGUAAUCAGCAAAUCACACAAACAAACCGUUAAAAGGCUGAAGGAUUUAACAAACUGCAAAUUCAGUUAUUUCUGAUGUGAUGAAAAAUGUCAUGUCAUGUAAAAAAUAUUUUCAAUAAAAGUAUUUUCAGAAUUGCA